AUGGCGGUUCGAAUAGAUAGCUUCUCCUCUGUCGCGCAAGUUCUGUUGGAAGUAAGAGAUGACGGUACGUUAUCUUACAUUCCAUAUCUACGAGGUGACAUGGUAGUAUGUGAACGUAAAAAUCUAAUACCAAUGAAUCUCUGUUGUCUUGUGGUGAUGUCUGGUCACUACCAAGACUUACAUGUGAAGCAUCCAGUCUCUUGUGUGGCUACCCAAACCAAUAAUUUUGUGAAGAGAUGA